AAGAGGUCAGGAAUUGGGAACGUUUACCAGUUGAGAAUAUUGAUGGGACACAUGAAAAUAAGUAAAUGAAUAAAAGCUACUUAAAUAAUUUAUUUGCUGAGUAGAAAAUAAGUUGACUGCUUAAAACUGUGUACUAACUCCGCCUUCUCCGGCCACAAAAUGCGAAGGUGUUAAAUGGAGCGGACCCGGCUUCAGUCUGGCAGUUAGAGCACAGAAAGUAAAACUAGUGGGUUUUGGCUGACCUUAACCAUAACAAUGUCUUUGUAAACUCGUUAGAGGAAACCACGGCUUCAGGGACAGACCUAUCACACUGAUUUGUGAAGGAGGAACUGGCACCAUCAACGCCCUGUCCCCCACCCCACCCCCAUGCCAUGGCCUGAUCUAACCUGACUGAGGUUUGACCUUUGACCCGGCGUCCUUGCUGCAGACUCGUGAUGGUGGAUGUAACCAAGUGGCCCAUUUUCAGCCUGAUGGGGCCAGAGGAUCUCUCUUCCAUAAGGAAGGCGUGUGUUUUUGGCUCGUCUGGAAAUGAGGCCAUCUACAUCACCCACGAUGAUGAGGUGUAUGUGUUUGGGCUGAACUGCAGCAGCUGUCUGGGUACAGGGGACACCCAAAGCACCAUAGUACCAAAGAAGCUGGACAUCCUGGGAGGCAGGAAGGUGGUGAGCCUGAGCUAUGGUAGUGGUCCUCACAUUCUGCUGGCCACAGAGGACGGGGCGUUAUUUGCCUGGGGGCAUAACAACUACAGCCAACUUGGAAACGGGACGACCAACCAAGGUGUGGCUCCGGUGACUGUUUCUGCCAACCUGCUGAAUAAGAAGGUCACAGAGGUGGCCUGUGGCUCUCACCACUCCAUGGCUCUGACUGACUCAGGAGAAGUGUACGCGUGGGGCUACAACAACUGUGGUCAGGUAGGCUCCGGCUCCACAGCCAACCAGCCCACGCCUCGCAGAGUGUCCACCUGCCUGCAGAACAAGGUGGCUGUCAGCAUUGUCUGCAGUCAGACCUCAUCUCUAGCUUUGGUGGACAAUGGAGAGGUCUACGGUUGGGGCUACAACGGAAAUGGGCAACUCGGACUCGGGAAUAACGGGAACCAGCUCACACCCUGUCGACUCGGUGGCCUGCAAGGUGUUUGUGUUCAGCAGAUAGUCUCCGGCUACGCCCACUCUCUGGCACUGACAGACAAGGGGUUGCUCUACGCGUGGGGAUCCAACACCUAUGGACAGCUGGGCACCAGCAACAAGAGCAACCAGCUGAGUCCGAUUCAGAUCAUGACUGAUAAAGAGAGAGUCGUCGAGGUUGCCGCCUGUCACUCUACUCACACAUCGGCCGCUAAGACCCAGAGUGGUCAGGUGUACAUGUGGGGUCAGUGCAGGGGCCAGUGUGUGGUGCUGCCUCACCUCACACACUUCACCUGCACAGACGAUGUGUUUGCGUGCUUCGCCACCCCUUCAGUCAUGUGGCGACUUCUGUCCACGGAACACGAGGACUUCUUGACUGUGGCCCAGUCCCUAAAGAGGGAGUUCGACAACCCAGAGACCGCUGACCUCAAGUUGUGCAUUGAUGGUAAAUACAUCCAUGUCCACAAAGCGGUUCUCAAGAUCAGGUGUGAACACUUCAGAUCGAUGUUCCAGUCCCACUGGAACGAAGACAUGAAGGAGGUGAUAGAAAUCGACCAGUUCUCCUACUCAGUCUACCGCUCCUUCCUCGAGUUCCUCUACACGGAUAAUGUGGAGCUUCCUCCUGAGGAUGCCAUCGGGCUGCUGGAUCUGGCCACGUCGUACUGUGAGAACCGGCUCAAAUGUUUGUGUCAGCACAUCAUCAAGCGGGGCAUCACAGUGGAGAACGCCUUUUCGAUGCUGUCGGCCGCCGUGCGCUACGAUGCAGAGGACUUGGAAGAGUUCUGCUUCAAGUUCUGUGUGAACCACCUGACUGAGGUGACCCAGACUGCUGCUUUCUGGCAGAUUGAUGGCAACCUGCUAAAAGACUUCAUAUGUCGAGCCAGUCGCUGCGGAGCCUUCAAAAACUAGCGCUCGACUGAAGGAUGUUGCUGAGAGUCUCUAGAAACCUUAAUCUUACAUUCACCACUGGCAGGUUUUCUUUUGAUCUGAAUCCUUAGAACAUUUAGAAUGUGUGUGUGUGUGUGUGUGUGUGUGUGUGUGAGCUGAACUUACAUGCUGACUGCUAGCAGCUGCUCCCCUCGGUGCCUUUUGCCUGUUAAUCUGCACAUAUUGUGUGAACUAGGAAGCACCCUGCUGCGUAUAAAAUUUUAUAUUUGAAAGAUUUGACUCAUUGGAUAUCUUCUCCAUUUUAGUUUUUUGUGAACAAAUUCCUGUUACCUUUUUCUGACUCUGGAUUUAAGGUGGAGAAAAUUACUAGCGUAGCAAAAAGAAGUUAAACUAAAUCAUACAAUUUGCAGUGUUUUUCUAUUUAGGUCAAUCACAAGUCUGUUACCUGAGUGGUGAAAUGGUUUUAUUAAUAUUAUUAGUGUUUAAAAAAUGUCUCUGGUCUGUUUAUAUCCGCUCAGAAGGAUGUAGCUAUUUUGGGUUCUUAUGUGUGAAAGGGUUUCCAAGUUUUACUCAGUAUUAUUUCAAAGCUUAUUUGUUUUUAUGACCUCUGCAAUGAAGCUUAUUUAGAUUUUAAUGCACGUUAAAAACAACUGAUCUGUUGAUACUGUUAAGUGCCAGUAAAUAUUUGACCUUGACAAUGAAA